AGUCUGACUGCCGCUGACUUGAAGGUGAAGUACGGCGGUCUGGACCGGACUAACCUACCGGUGACCCAAACCGUACAGACCAUUAACCAACACGCGUCGUACGACUCGGUGGCCAUCGACUGGGACUACUCCGUACUGAACCUCCCGAACGCCAUUGACGUCAGCGGUAAUGUCAAGACGAUAGAGUUGGUCGACUCGGCUCCGGCCAACGGUGCGGCCGCUUCGCUCACCGGCUGGGGCUAUACAGUGGGCGGCGACACCUCCACCUCUCCCACUGCCCUCCAGUACGUCGACUUCAAGAUAGUGUCGGCCACUGAAUGCAACCGCAGGUAUCAGGAGCUAUACGGCGGUCAGAUCACUGUCACCGAUCGGAUGAUCUGCAGUGAGCACCAGGCGGCCAGUGGUUGCAAUGGUGACUCCGGUGGACCAUUGGUUUCGGGCGGCAAGUUGGCCGGUAUUGUGUCCUGGGGUAUCAGGAACUGCCCCUCAGAUACCACCAAAACCCCCGCCGCCUACGCAGAUGUGGCCAACCAGAGGGCGUGGCUUAUCUCGAAGAUUGUAUAAUCAAAUGCGGCUAUAAAUGGCUUUUGACUUGUAUUAGUAAUCAAUACAUAAUAUGUUUGAAUUAUUUUAAAUUCUACUACUAUUUUAAAAUGUAAACUGAUCAGUUUAACGAUUUGUGUGUUUUCAUUUAUGUCAC